AUGGCAUGGCUAGAGGAGAGACACCCACAAUUUGAGAAUUUUGUUGGGAUAUACUUGACGGAUGCAGACGAACGGCAUUGUAAAUCAGCUAAUGAACAAAAUUUGUCUUAUGAGAAUUGCCAGCUUCCAAAGUCAUCUAAUGUUGAGCAGGCUGGUGUUGACAUGGAUUUGGAGUGUGGAUCUAUGGAUUUUAAGGCAAUUGUGGACAAGUCUGAGAAAGAUUGCAGGAUCUGUUUCAUUAGUUUAAAGGACUUUAGCCAGGAAUUAGGCGUUCCAAUUAUGUUGGGUUGUUCCUGCAAUGGUGAUUUGGCUUUUGCUCACCAGAAAUGUGCGGAGAAAUGGUUUGAACUCAAAGGAAACAAGAACUGCGAAAUUUGCGGGUCAAAAGUAAGGAAUUUGGUUGGAUUUGGGGAUGCAGAUUCUACUGAGAAUUCAAUCAAAUCAGGCGAUAACGAUGCAGCAACAACUGAAACGCGAACGUUCUUUCAUGGGCAUAGAUUGAGACUGGAGCAGAGCAGAAUAUGGGAGUACAAUCUCUUGUGGUUUGCAUUGGCGGAAAAAGAGAGGGGGAGAGGCGGGCAUAAGGGAGAGGAGAAUGACGAAAGGAAGGAGAGCAGGCUGUUGAGUGCUUCUAGCUUGAGGGAUGUCGUCCGUCUAUGUUGA